AUGUCGUCUCUGCUUCUCAGCCUCUCUUCCAACUUCUUCUCUGAUGUCUACUUCUUACUCUUCCCACAGAGAUGCCAAACCCUUAGGAUGUUCUCCUCCUCUACCACCAACCCUUUUUUGCUGCAUCGUGCCACCCCUUGUGGUGAAGAAGCCCAAAUGACAGAGUUCCUCAUGUUUGACCCGGCCAAGGAAGAGUAUUUCACCAUCGUUGAUAAGCCACUUCCCAAAGAUUUGAUUAAGUCUAGGCUAGUGGGAAGUUCCCAUGGAUGGGGAGUUUAUCUUAGCUCCCCUGAUUACAUACUAAUCAGCAACUAUCCCUCGUGCUCCAAAUCAAACCCCAAGAUCAUUGAUCUGCCUCCUCGGCCUAGUCUAAAUGGUUCUCAAACUGAAAUGGUAAGUGGUGUGGCAAUGUCCUCUUCUCCUGAAGAAGAAGACUGCAUUAUUGCUGACAAGUACAUGGGACGUCCUGUGAGUAUAUAUACGCCUGGUCGUGAAACUAAAGGGUUCCUCCUCGCUAUGUCUACUAGAUUAUUCGAUUAUUUUGAGCAAUCCAAGUUGAUGUAUUCCAAGAGAGAUCAAAGGUUCUACAUGCCAAGUUCUGGUGGCCACCACUUGUGGUCUUGGGUUGGUCUACCAUCCACCACACCUCAGUACCAUGAGUUAAAAUUUCAUAACCUUCCUCAGUUUUCGCAUUCCGAGUUGCAGCUUUUCGAUUCUUGUUACAGGACACACGAGCUUGUGGAGUGUCCCUCAGGACAACGUUUCCUACUCAAAUGGUAUGUUGAAAGCCCUGCGAACAAGUCGUUAGUAUUCAAUUGGUUUAGAGAAGAGGAAGAUAUGAACAUGUGUUACACAGAAGACAUUGGUGAUCUCUGCAUAUUCCUCGGCAAUAACGAGCCUUUUUGUGUCAAAGCCAGCUCAUUCCCGGGCCUAAAACCUAACUCCAUCUAUUUCCUCGGUGAAGGCUAUGGUGAAGGCUACGGUGUUUACGAUAUCGCCACUAAAACCCCACGUUCCUUCACACCCAAGUCUACACCAAAUUGCUGUUCGGAACAAAUAGUCCUCCCUUACUAAAUCCCUCCAACGUCUCACUAG